GUCCAUCUGCCCAAACUGAUACUCUUGUUCAACUCUCCUAGUGCUAAGGUGGCAGCGAACAUUGGAAUUAAUGCUAUAUUACUGUGUGGCUGGUGUUGGUGGUUAAAGCCAAGAGGUGCUCCUUGGUGUGCAUUUCGCAAGCAGGGCGCAUCGAAAACUGGGGAAGGCAAAGUGAUGGCUCAAUCAGAAGUGAGUUCUGAUGACUCCAUAACAUCUGAUAGAGCUGAGGAUAUUCGAAACCAAAGUGAUGACUCAUCUGAUAGCAGCUUAUUUAAAACACAGUGUGUUCCUCCAUCUACACAAAAGCAAAGAAACUCCACUGUAAAAUGUGUUACUGCACCUACAAGUGUUGAAACUGAUUCAUCAAGUGACUCGUCUUUUGAACCAAGGCCUUUGACUUUAAGGGCUAUUUUUGAAAGAUUUAAGAACAAGAAACGGAAAAAGAGAAAAAGAAAAUAUAAGCCCAAAUUAAGACCAAGAGGAAGACCACCUGGAAGCAUUAGAAGAAACAUUAGAAGGUCACAGAUAGAUGUGAAACAGAUUAAAGACAAAGGAGCUAUGUUCCCAUUCUUAGAAUCUGAAAAUGGAAGAAAAGCUUUACCUUGGAAGAAAAUUUUAACAUAUGAGCAAGCUGUUGCAAGAGGAUUUUUUCACCACAUUGAAAAACUCAAGUAUGAGCACCACCUUACAGAAUGCUUGAAGCAGAUGCAUGCUGGGGAGGAUUUAGAAAAGGAAGACCUUGACAGCCGUAGACACAAGUACAUGGAUGAUGAUGGUCCUCUUUCUCCUAUUGAAGAGUCAUUAACAGAAGAUGAGGCAACGAAUCCUGAGUCUGAAAGUGAUAUCAAAUUGGUUGAAGAUAGCUGCUUCAUAAUAAGCUCAGAAUUCCCAAGGAAGAGAAAUUUAGAACAAGAGAAGAGUAAGAAAGAAUUUGGAUUCUCUAAAAAAUCCAAGGCCAAAGAUACCACACAGCACAGAACAGGCUGGAAGACAAACAUGUGAAUACCAAAGAAGGUUUGUCUUGAUUAUGAAGUCAGAAUUGGAAGACACCCACGAAGGGAUGCUUGUUUCAGUGUUGCAGUGCAUAUCCUUCAUAAAGAUCCGUAUUCCAAGUGUUAGGAAUGAAUAUGAUCAGACUUCAGAGAUGUUGGGUGUCAACUAGUGAAGCCUACGUUAAAAUGUCUUUUAGGUUUCUAAAUUGAAGACAUCAUCAGAAAUCUUCCGGUUGAGAACUUUGAAGUUAAGCCAAGGAUAAAAGAAUAAAGGCAAGUAAUAGUCAUUUUAAUCAUGUUACAAAGUAAUGGUCAUUACCAAGGCUUUUAGAAUGCAGUUUCUCAUUUGCUGUGGACAUGACCAUAAAAAAAAUCCCAUUAGGUUUUUUUUCUGUGUGCUACUUGGCUAGCAGUUAACCUGUUGGGGACACUUUAAAUCUUUUCCAAGUAACUAAUGGUAAGUAGUUGGUUGCUCAGCUGAUUAUGCCCAUGUUCUUCUCAUGCAGGGCACACUGGACCAUCUUUGGAUAGGUAUACAUGGACCAUCUUUGAGGUAGGUAGGUAUACGGGAGGCAGGUGGUAAAGGUCAUUUCAAAGAGGGCUUGUUGGGCUUUAAGACCAAAAGCUCUUAACGCUGUGACCAAAGAUUGAUGUUCUUCACAGAGCAAAACAGGCACUUUGAUAGUGCUGUGUUUUUCUAUGAAGAUACAUGCAUCGCCCUGAAUCACAAGUUUCAAGACUUAAUUUAUGGCUUCUUCUCAGCCCUAAAAAACAUAAUGACCUGGAUGGACAGCAGAAGAAUCAUCUAUAAACAAAAAUUUAUUGGUUUUACAUAUAAAUAUAUCUAGCUUUAUGUACAUUAAAUAAACUAAAAGAAAACCCUUUA